AUGGGCGAGAAUGAGCCGGUUUUUCGACCAAUUUUCGGAAAUACCUCAUUAGUGCGCGCCCAGAGAAAUAGCGAAAGGAAGAAAGUGGAAAAGGUGCAGUGCCUCUUGUGCAAUGCCUUUUUCCGAUCGCAUUUGGAAGUUGCUCAGCAUCUCAACAAAACUCACAAAGAUUGCCCGAAGUGCCAUAUAAAGCUGAAAACCGCGACAGAGCGCAAGAACCACCACAAAUUCUGCUCCCGCCGCUUCGGCCUGCGAAUCCAUCGACCCCAACGGCCCGAGCAGCCAGCAAAUGGCUCUCUCCACCCGCCAACGCCUGAAAAGAAAAAGUUCUACAAUUGUGUUUUAUGCAAGAAGUCGUGCGCUUCCCAAGACGGCCUUCGUCGCCACCAAAAGAAAUGCUCAGCCCGCCGGGUCUCCAAGUCCUGGUGCCUCAAACUUUAA